CGUCAGAUAAGCAUGUAGCCCCUGAAUGAGCAGAAUCACUCCUAAAUCAUGGUUGUUUAUCUUAAAAAUUAUUUAAAUGGUGUUAUGGAGGUUCUCAUUGAAAGUCACAAGGAUUUCCAGAACUAGAAUUCCUCCUCUGAACAGAGAAAGGGCACAGAAACAACAAUGCCAAAUAUGGAAAUACAUUCUGGAGAAUGAAUGAAUGAAUGAAUGCAAGAUUGAUCUGUCUUGUUUUUCUUUUGCCCUGUGGAUAGCCAAAGUUACAGGGUAGCUUGCAAUACUUUGUUCUCAGUGUUGUCAGUUAUAUCCUUGGUGAUCUCUGGUCUUGUGCAUAGUAAUUUUUUUAACAAGUAUAAGCUGACAAACUAAUGGGUUGGCACAAAAGAAAGGGAGAUAGAUCAUCCUUCUGGGUUUUUUUUUGUUGGUUCUUCACAGCUUGUUACAGGAAAAAAAAACAAGGGUUUGAAUUUAAAAUUCUCUGUAAAAAUGAGGAAGAAGAGAUCAUCUCACAGUGGCAGUUCUUAAUGAUACCCUUAAUGACACCCAUGAUAAUGAUUCAGGAUUUGGGAAACCUUCAAAAUCAGUGUUAUAUUUUCCCAUCACAUAACCCAUUUUGAGCAACUGAGAAUUAAAACAUACAGGUAAAUAAAUUAUCACAUCUAGGAGAUGAAAUAAACAAAGACUGGAAAACAUCUCUGGGUCAUACUCUUGUAGACUUGUUCAUGCUGCUGAGCUCCUUCCCAGACAGGCUGUGCUUUUACAUGUGGGAAGGGAAACAGCAAACAGAUGUUCUCCUUUUGACCCUGUAGACAAGCACAAGGUUAGCUGACAUGAGAGCAGGAAAAAGCAGGGUUUCCUAAUGGGGUAAUGGCAUAAUGGCAUCUUGCUUUGAUCAGAAAGGUGUGCUAGGCAUUCCUGGCCCUGGGAGCAUUGAGUGCCAAAUGCUGUUAGAUACUGUGAAUACUCUGUGUGCCAUCUGGGACAUGGGCUUUAGGAAAGGGGACACUGAGCUGGUGUAAGCUGCUACUGUGGUGUUGCUGAAGUCCUGGGGCAGGUAAAGUUUACGCUGGCUGAUGAUCUGCCCGGGUUCAUUAUGGUGGAGGGGAUGUCUAAGAUUUCAUUUUCUACGGUACUUUCACCAUACCCGUCUCCUUUUCCCCUUAAGAGUCCGUCAAAACAAAGCCCAUUUUAAAAGAAAUGAAUGUAGAAAAUGUGAAACGUAAGGAUCUUUUACAAAGUGUCUUUUACAGUGCUGGGUACAUAAAACAGGGCAGUGGAAGGUAAGCCAUUAUGUAUGUUGAGGAAGCCUAAGAAUAAAGAUUAUAGGCAAACAGUCUACCUUUCUUUACAAGGCCUUGAUUUACAUCCCUGAAAUCUCAAAUUUAGCUAUUACAAUGAAGUCCUGUUGCACACAGAGCUGCCUUUUUAUCACCACUUAAAAUCUAAUUAAUCCGUAUUGAAGCACAAAGAUUUCUGUUGUGUUUUAGGGUGAGGGGUCAUAGAGCCCUCUUUGUUCAUCCUAAGGCUUGUAAUCAUCGGGCAUUGGGAUAUAAUUUUACCAAGCAAAUUGGAAGGUAACAGAUCAAAUCCUUAUCGGAAAGCCUAACUCAUGGUUUAGUGAAGUCCUUCGUCCUUUAUGUGAAACUUUAUAUUCGUGAAGAACAAAAAAGUGUUUCAGAGCUCCCAAAGGGUUAAUAGCAAGGGCUUAUAUUUGGGGCAGCAGAGACCUAAAAUCAUCACAGCUUCCACCAUCACUCAAGGUAGCAGUUGGUACAGAACUGCUGGGGAGACCUUUCUCCUCAAGCGUUCAGGACUCUGCUCUUGCAAUGGCCUUAGUCUAUCAACCAGUGAUGCAAUUAAGUGGCAUAUUGGUCUCUCUGUUGGGAUGGGUCCUGUCCUGUCUCACCACCUAUCUGCCCCAGUGGAAAAACCUUAACUUGGAACUAAAUGAACUGGAGAUCUGGACCAUGGGACUCUGGCAAGCUUGUGUUGUCCAGGAAGAAGGCGGAAUGCAAUGCAAGGACUUUGAUUCUUUCCUAGCUUUGCCUCCAGAGCUCAGGAUUUCUAGGAUUUUGAUGUUUUUUUCCAAUGGAUCAGGGCUCUUGGGCCUUCUGCUCUCAGGAUUUGGGUUGGACUGUUUGAAAAUUGGUGAAAGACAACAGGAACAAAAGAAACGGUUGUUGCUGUUUGGAGGAAUGCUCUUCUGGAUAUCGGGGAUUACAGCUAUUGUCCCAGUUUCCUGGGUUGCCCAUGCCACAGUCCAGGAAUUUUGGGAUGAGAAUAUACCAGAUAUUGUUCCCAGGUGGGAUUUCGGGGAAGCAUUGUUUGUUGGCUGGCUUGCUGGAUUUUGUCUUAUAUUAGGAGGAUCCCUACUUAAUUGCACAAUCUGUUCUACUGAAGUCCAUCCGUCUUCGGUCCAUUAUGCAGUAGCAGAACAGCAGGAUCAGUGUCAAUGCUUGGAAACUGAAACAAGGCCUUAAAAUGG